CGUGCGCACGAGUGUUGGCAAUGGCGUUGGUGUGAUCCAUCGUCGUACAGCAACCGGAACAUAUUUGCCAAUCGCACGCUCUCCACAUUUCUCGACUCCAAUUCCAUGCUCUCGCAAUUUCCUCAAUAAGGUGACCCAGGAGGAUGGACAUGGUUGAAUUGCCCGUCGCGGAUUGUUGUUUUUGUUGAUAAUCAGGUGUCCGGAAGGAGUUGCAAAAUGACGAAUGCGAAUACAGCCGUGGUGGCGCCUGCAAAUUCCGUGCAGGAGGAAGGCGGUGCCGUCAAAACAGAGGCAUCCUCGCCGCCGUCCAGCCCCACUCAACACGGCGGCAGUAAGGUUUAUAAGAGUGGCCCAUUAUUUUUGUCAUCUAAAGGAAUUGGAUGGACAUCAUGGAAGAAAAGGUGGUUUAUUUUAACUCAAACUUCCUUGGUCUUCUACAGGAGUGAUCCAAACGUAGCUCCUCAAAAAGGGGCCGAAGUCAACCUGACACUUGGAGGUAUUGAUCUCAACAGUUCUGGCAGUGUGGUAGUGAAAGAAGAUAAGAAAUUGAUCACUGUAUCUUUUGCUGAUGGUCGUGAUGGGCGAUCUUUCACCCUCAAGGCAGAAACAUUGGAGGAUUUGCAUGAGUGGAAGGCUGCUCUUGAGGAAGCCCUGACAAAUGCUCCCAGUGCUACAGCUGUUUCAGGACAAAACGAUGCAGUGAAGAGUGAUCAAGCUAAUGGAGCUGAUUCAAUUUCAGAACAAUCAAAUGACAAACAGCCAGUUAAAUCCUUGGUAAUUGGACGACCAAUUUUGCUUGCCUUGGAAGAUAUAGAUGGCACUCCAUCAUUUUUGGAAAAAGCUCUGAGGUUUAUUGAAGAUCAUGGAGUCAAAACAGAAGGCAUCUUGAGGCAAGCUGCUGAUGUUGAGCAUGUGGAGCGCCGGAUACAAGAAUUUGAAAAAGGGAAAACUGAUUUUUCACCAGACGAGGAUGCACAUGUUAUAGGUGACUGUAUAAAGUAUGUUCUUCGGGAGUUACCUUCAUCCCCAGUUCCUGCUUCUUGCUGCAAAGCGCUCCUUGAAGCUUAUAGAACUGAUCGAAGCACGAGAGUGAGUGCCAUGCAUUCAGCAAUAUGUGAAACAUUUCCAGAGCCAAAUCGCCGCCUAUUACAAAGAAUUCUUAAUAUGAUGCAAGUAGUAGCUUCCAACAAGACUGUGAACAGAAUGAGUGUAUCAGCUGUGGCAGCCUGUAUGGCUCCCUUGCUUCUUCGCCCCCUUCUUGCUGGAGAUUGUGAGAUUGAGCAUGAUGUUAAUGUGGGAGUUGAUAGCUCUGCUCAACUUUUGCAAGCAGCUGCCGCAGCUAACCAUGCUCAAGCCAUUGUUAUCACACUGCUUGAGGAAUACGACAACAUAUUUGGGGAUGGUGCCCAAACUCAUGAACCAUAUACUGAUUCAGAAGAGAGUGGAAGUGAGAGCGAGGAAAUUACAGAUGAUGAAAGCUAUGAGGAGGAAGAGGAAGAAGAAGAUGAAGAGGAGGAAGAAGAAGACGAGGAAGGAGAGUCCGACUAUGUAGAAGAAGAUGGUCAUGAAUCAAGUUCAACUUCUAGUGAGAUUGGCGAAAAAAGAUCUCAAAAAAAGGACUCUGCAAGUAGCCACAGUUCAGGGACUGCCUCUCCUCGAGUAGAUGAAGGUCAUGAAUCCAGCAAAAUGUUAUCAAGUCAACCACAAGCUUCAUUGCCUCAACAUGCUGGUGUUGAAAAAAAUGACAAUGUUUUGAGUUCAGAGACUGAAAAAAUGCAAUCCAACAUCUCCUCUAAAUCACUAGGGGAUGAUGAUGACACAUCCUUGGCCCAAGCAUGCUCUGAAUCGUCCCAGGGGUCUGGACGCACCACACGGCGACCCACUAUGUGGGGAAGAGCUCCUGGAAGGAAGAACCUAUCUAUGGAGACCAUUGAAGUUUCCUUUGGAGAAGAGAAUGGGACCCAAAAAGUAGAGCAUAAUAGAACAGAUCCACAGGCCAGUGAGGCUGCGGUGAGAUCACUUAUACAGGAUUGCUUAGAGAAGCGAAAGCAUGAUUUGCAUGAACAAAAUGCACAUCUCGAGGAAGAUGUGGUAAGACUACAGGAGCAGCUACAGAGGGAGAUGGACUUGGCGACAACACUUGUAGCUGAGCUAAAAAAUUGGCAACCUUUAUCUGUUUCAUCACUUACGGAUGACAAGAUAAAGGCAGAGCUAGUUGAAAUUGUUCAAUUGGAGGAAAACAAUAUAAGUUUGAAGAAAAAGGCUAGUGAUCUUGAACUGCAACUUGGUCAACAACGGAACCAGAUUUCUACGUUCGUGCUCGAACUAGGUGGUGAACUUCAGCUCAACCCAGUUGACCGAAAGAAGUUGAAGGCAAAGCAGUCGGAUGGUAGAGCCUCAUCCUUCUCUAGUAGAAAAUUUUCUAGAAGUAAGAGGGAAUCGAGUUUGGACAAGUCAGAAGCCGACAACCAUAAAAGACACGACAGUGCAUCUUCAUUGCAUACACCUCAGAAUCAGAAUCAGCAAUCUGAUUCUUCACAAAAUAUGAAAGGCAUUGCAUCUUUCGCCCGAGCAUUCACUGGGGAAAUAGGAAUGGGUAAGCCUCCUGGAUCCGUUUCUAGAAAGGCCAGCACCAAAGGCGAGGGUACGACAUCUGCUCUGUCGAAGCUGACAAACAGACUUAACUUCCUAAAGGAGCGACGUACUCAAAUAGCAAAUGAGCUUCAAAACAUGGACAAAGGCCGGAACACAAGCCAUUCCUCGGAAAACCAGGACCAAGCAGGUGGAUCAGAAGCAUCAUCUCAGUCGGCUGAGAAUCCCGACAAGCAUCAAGAAUCGAAAGGGCAGUCUUCGUCAUCAGAAAAGGGCCAGGAACCGGAGAGCCACGACUCCCGGCCUAAUCCCAACAGCCAGAAUCCCCAAAAUGCCGAGAAAGGAAGAAAAUCAGGAGGGCCUCAAGGCUUGGAACGAGGGAGGUCCGAAAGCAAUUCCAUGAUGGAAAAGGGACUUGCUCUGUUCAAUCCAAGAUCAUUCGCCAGAUCAUGAUGAUGAUCAUACAGGUUCGCAACGAAUUCAAUUGUUCUUUCUUUCCGUAUUAUAUACAUAUGUAUGCCGACAUGAUUUUCAGUCGAGGGCCGCGGCCAUGUGUGCGCUUUGCUUCAUUCUUAAUCGACUCAAAUCAACUCAACGUUAACCUCAUUUAUGAUGUACAUUGUUGUUCUUCUCUGUGGUUUAUAACCUCUCUCUCACUGAUAAAAACAAAAACAAAAACAGAAAACCAGAACAGGUGUUUUUUUGAAGUGAUGCUUGUUUUGUUUUGGAGAGUAAUUGUACAGUUGUAUUGGAACUCUUCAUGCACA